GAUGAAGAAGAAAUGCCUAGUGAUGUCAUAUCACCAGACACUUCGCCGAAAAGAGCUUCAAAUUUAUUUGGAGUAUUUUUUAGCGAUCCCUUCAUGUUGACUUUUCAUCCUAAAUAUAUUCUCUGGAAAGGGUUCAAGUUUUCAUUCCUUGCAUUUUUCGUGCCAUAUACCUGA